AUGCCUGUUGUUCCUUUCACAGAAACAGUUGACGCCUUAAUAAUAAAAAGAGACGACGGUAUGCUCUUUAUCAGGGGUUGCGAUAUAUGGGGUAAUUGUGGUUAUUACGGUGGAUGGUAUUAUUGGGGUCGUUGGAUUCUUGCCGGUGUUUUGAUAUUUAUCUUUUUCCUGUGUAUGGCCUUAAUCUUUACAAAUUCCAGGAAACGAGUUCGCACAGGAGGCACUCCAAUCUACGGAACAGCUUGGCUUGUUUUGCCAACAUAUCAACAAUCUCAACAUGCAUAUGGCGUAGAUGGUGGCGCACCUCCGCCUCUUUACCAACCACCAGCACAAGGUAGUACUACUAUGCCUUCAAAUGGAAUGCCAAUCCAUCAAACAUAUGGCCAACCCCCACCACCCAUGGAUUCUGGGUAUAUUGGUCCUCCAGCAAACCCUCCUCCAGCAGGCUCUUCUUCAAACUAUAAUGCCAACAAUGAAUUUUAUGCUCCACCUACAAACCCACCACAGGCUUAUGUUAAGAAUUAA